CUGUGGGACCACAGCAACCGAUGCCCCUCACUUGGCACCCUCUCUGGCUGUGGCACAAUGGACAACGGAAACGCCCAGAUGCACACGGAGGAGGAAAAGACGGCCAACUCCUUCCCACCAUCCACGCCAGGACUGGACCCCCCAAAAGGAGGGGUCGAGGGGGUGGAGACCCAGCCAACACCAGGGCCUGUUCCUCCACCAGAGAUGAGGGACACUGGAGAGAGGAGGGACCUGGAUCAAGUGCAGAAGCAGCCUCAGGCGCCCACGGUGGCCGCAGGGGCCCAGAACCUCGGGAACCUUCGGCAAGGCUUCAUGAAGUGCUUGCUGGAGGUGGAAGAGGUGGAGGCCACGCAUCGGAGGGCGACGGCCAAGGCCCGGGCCCUGCCAAACCGGAAGUCCCCCAGGACCCUGACCCCUGUGCCCAGCUCAGCCCCCAGCCUGCUUCUGACCCUGCCUCAGACCCCCGCGCCGGCCCCUGUGAUGGCCCCAUCCUGGGCCCGGUUGCCAGCCCCCGGGUCAAUCCCCGCCCCUGGGGGCACCCCGGUCCCAGGGCCCGUGGUGGCCCUGCCGCCCCCCACCCUGGACGCGGGCUGGAGAAGGACAGAACUCCUGCACCCGAGCGGAGACAGGAGCCUGAGCAGCUCCAAGGCACGGCAGGAGCUGGAGGAGCGCGGCCUCCUCAAGCUGUCUCAGACCCGGGAGGAGAGGUCGGAGGAGCACCUCACCCUGAAGCAGGAGGAAGCCUUCCGCAGCUACUUUGAGGUCUUCAAUGGCCAUGGCGAGGUGGACGCCCAGAGCCUGGAGAACAUCCUGUUGCUCAUGGGCAUCUCCCUGACACCGGCCCAGGUAGAGGACGCCCUGAUGAGUGCUGAUGUCGAUGGAGAUGGUCGUGUAGGCUUCAAGGACUUCUUGGCUGUGAUGACAGACAGCGGGCGUUUCUUCUCCUCCGUGGAACAGAGCGCCCUGACGGACACGGCUCCCCCCAACCCCCACACUCUGCUCUUUGAGAUCCUGUCCCUGAUGGUGGAGAUGCUGGCCCUACCCGAGGCAGCCUUAGAGGAGAUCACCGACUAUUACCAGAAGAAGCUGAAGGAAGGCACCUGUAAGGCCCGAGAGAUGGAGGCGGCCAUAGGCCGGCUGCGGUCCCGGAAGAAGCUUCCCUGCAACCCCCAGCAAGCAGACACCUCGGAAGUCCCGGAACGAAGGGUCCUCAGGAUCCUGAGCCGGCUGAAGCAGCAGAACUACGCUGCCAAUCUGCAGAGCCCCUACGCCCAGGUGCCCUGCAUCCCGCUCUAUCCGCGGCUGGGCAAGAAGAUGGCCCGACGGAAGCAGGGCAGCCACUACGUGCUAGAUCAGUGUACCCCCACCAGCCUGGGCCCCGACAUCCGUAGCCUUUUCUUCCAGUCAGGAUCUCAAGGAAGCAGGGAACACAACUCAGAGAGCCGAAAGUGGCUCAGCUCUGUGCCAGCUCGAACCCACUGA